GUAUUUCUGCGUUUAAACCCUGAAAGCCAAAACCCCUAAUUUUGUCUCUGGCUUAUAUUCCUGCCUCCCUCCUCCCCCUUGCUCCUUUUGCCUGUGGAGCAAAACAGACCAACGACGAAACUGUAAACCCUAAUCCACGAACUUUCUGUCAUCUCCAGAAGAGCAGUUGCAGUUCCUCCUCAGGAAGAGUUUUCAGCAGGUAUUGAAAGAUGCUUGUAUUGUUCGAGACGCCAGCGGGCUUUGCCCUAUUCAAAGUAUUAGAUGAAGGAAGGCUAUCUAAAGUUGAGGACUUGUGGAAGGAGUUCUCCACAGCAGAUUCAGCCAGACAGGUUGUGAAGCUGAAAGCUUUUUCAAAGUUUGAAAACACGUCAGAAGCUCUAGAAGCAGUAACCAAAAUUAUUGAUAGUGCACCCAGCAAAGGUUUGCGCAAGUUCUUGCGUGCCCAUUGCGAGGGCGAAACACUAGCUGUGGCUGAUUCAAAGCUUGGAAAUGCAAUCAAGGAAAAGCUGAAAAUAGAAUGUGUUCACAACAAUGCUGUCAUGGAGUUGAUGAGAGGUUUGAGAAGUCAGUUAACCGAACUCAUAACCGGUCUUGGUGCUCAAGACCUUGCACCAAUGAGCUUAGGUUUGUCUCAUAGUCUGUCUAGAUACAAGCUGAAGUUCAGUCCUGAUAAGGUUGACACAAUGAUCAUUCAGGCAAUUGGAUUGCUUGAUGAUCUAGAUAAAGAGCUGAACACCUAUGCGAUGAGGGUUAGAGAGUGGUAUGGUUGGCAUUUUCCAGAGCUUGCAAAGAUUGUGCAGGACAACAUUCUUUAUGCCAAAGUGGUGAAAAAGAUGGGUAGCCGUGAAAGUGCUGCAAGUCUUGACUUCUCUGAUAUACUACCCGAAGAAUUGGAGACAGAAUUAAAGGACGCAGCUAUGAUAUCCAUGGGAACUGAAGUUAGUGAAGUUGAUUUGAUGAAUAUCAGAGAGCUUUGUGAUCAGGUUCUAUCUCUUGCUGAGUACAGAGCUCAACUAUAUGAUUAUUUGAAGAGCAGAAUGAACACUAUUGCACCAAAUUUGACUGCUCUUGUUGGAGAGCUUGUCGGAGCUCGCCUUAUAGCCCAUGGUGGCAGUUUGUUGAAUCUAGCAAAGCAGCCUGGGAGUACAGUUCAGAUUCUUGGUGCAGAGAAGGCUCUCUUCAGAGCUCUAAAGACAAAGCACGCAACUCCCAAGUAUGGGCUUCUCUACCAUGCAUCCUUGGUUGGCCAGGCAGCCCCAAAGAUGAAGGGUAAGAUUUCCCGGUCACUUGCCGCAAAAGCUGCAUUAGCAAUUAGAUAUGAUGCUCUUGGGGAUGGCCAGGAUAACUCUAUGGGACUGGAGAACCGAGCCAAGCUUGAAGCACGGUUAAGAAAUCUUGAAGGGAGAGAAUUGGGUCAUUCUGCUGGAUCGGCUAAAGGAAAACCUAAGAUAGAAGUUUACGACAAGGAUCGAAAGAAGGGGGCUGCAGGAUUGAUAACUCCAGCCAAGACAUAUAAUCCUGCUGCGGACUCCAUUCUUGGGCAAACACCAAACUCGGCUGCUGGUAAUCUGGAAGAAACAGCGUCAAAGAAGAGAAAGAUAGACUCUGAGAUACCCAAGGUUGAUGAAGUAGCAGAUGUUAAUGGUCUUGGUGAAGAGAAGAAAGAAAAAAAGAAAAAGAAGAAGAAGACUGGAGAAGUGGAAACAGCUUUUCCUGAUGCUGUGCCUGAAGGUGAUCAGACGGCAAAGAAAGAAAAGAAGAAGAAGAAACAUUCGGAUGAUAACGAUGCCGUGCAAAAUGAGGAGGACAAUGUUGCCGCUGGAGAAAAGAAGAAAAAGAAGAGAAAACAUGUUGAUCAAGAUGAAGAACCUGAACUGCCGAGCAAUAAAAAGGAGAAAAAGAAAAAGAAGAAAAGUCUGGAUUAAAAGAAUUCAUAAAACACAGUAACAACUCCCACCACAGUUUUGGAGAACCUAGGCAGUGGUUCAGUACUUGUAUGUGGGAAAUUUGGUUUUCUGCAAUUUAUUUGUUCAUGUGGAGUUUUAACUUGAUGUUCUUGUUAUCAUUAAUUUAUGGACAUGGUUGCAAAGAGUUGUUUGAGAACAAUUUUGCAAACUAUAUUUGUCAAAUUCCUUACUAUUCUCACGGUUCUUUUAGUC